UUCCUUGCUACAAGCGAUGCAAGGAAAUGGAACACCAAGAGGAAAAUGAAGCAAUUGUUGAACCAGACGAAGACGGAGGCUGGGUAGACACCCACCAUCACCUCGAUCCAAGUGGGGAGCAAGCUGUCACUGGUACUCAGGAGUCGUUUGCAGAGAUGACACUUGAAUCUGACAAGGGCACAAAAGAUGUAACACCAGUAGAUAAUGAUGAUGAUGAAGAAGAUGAUGAUGAGGAGGCAGUGGAUAUGGAAGCUUUUGAAGAAAGUGGAAUGCUUGAAAGUGAUGAGGCUACCUUGUCAAUUAAACCAACUUCUAAGGCUGAGUCAGGGGCGGAGGGAGCCACAGAUGCAAAUGCCUCUGGUGGAAUUCUACAAACAAGAACUUACGACAUGUACAUUACAUAUGACAAAUAUUAUCAGACGCCACGACUGUGGCUGUUUGGUUACAAUGAGAACCGAGAACCCCUUGCAGUAGAAGAGAUGUAUGAGGAUAUGAGUCAGGACCAUGCAAAAAAAACAGUGACAUUGGAGGCUCAUCCUCAUUUGCCAAUGACCAUGGCAUCUGUUCAUCCUUGUAGACAUGCUGACGUAAUGAAGAAGAUCAUACAGACAGUCGCUGAUGGCGGAGGAGAGCUUGGAGUUCAUAUGUAUCUACUCAUCUUUCUCAAAUUUGUCCAGGCUGUGAUACCCACAAUAGAGUACGACUAUACGAGACACUUCACCAUGUGAUCUUGAACCAAAUCAACUGAAUUGAACCCUUUAACCCUUUAAACCCUAAGAGAGAUCAGCAUCUAUUUUCUCCUAACAAUAAUACAGCUGAAUCGUUCAUUAAGAUCAUGAGAAAAAAUAAAAUGCUCACCAACUAAAGAAAUUUUGAUUGUUAAACAAAUUCUCCUUGUCAGUACCAAACGAAAUGCACAGAGAAGAGUUGGAAGAAUAUAAAUACUGAUGUUAGGGUGUAAAGGGUUAAACUCCUGUGAGUAACCAAGACAAAAUUACUCUUUAGAUGACACUGAAGAAAAAUAUCAAUCAGGGGAUCAUUAGUUGAUUUCAUACCAAAUUCUCCAAACUAACAUCAUAAGAACUGUUUGGCAGACAGUAAGGAGAAUUAUUAAUGAAGUAUUGAGAAUGAAAGGGUUAAGAUUCUUGAAGUAGAGCAUAUUUUCAAUAGCUGUGGUAGAGGUUUCGUGGCAGUAAAGAAAUAAUUAUGAAAUAUUGCCUCGUUUACAAAAAUUCAUUUUACUAUUGAUUCCUCUUAAUGUGCGUUUUGCUUUCCACUUUAGGAAAGAUUACACGAAAGUAUUUUAUAAAGCAAAAAGUAAAAUAGUGUACUUGUUACAAGAACUUCAACUCCUGAAGGUUACAAGCUAAUGUUCGUAAAUUAGUAUGAACAAAAUCUGUUUGAGCAGUGAAACAUGAAUAAGCCUCCUUUGAAUAGUUGCAUGCAGGAAUAGGUCCUAUUUAAAAACUGAGAUAUAAUCAGACACACAGGUUCCGAAGAAAGUCACAUAUUUUGAAAUAAAAGUUAUAGAAAUAUUA